GCCACUGCCAACAUACAUAGCUUUCGUGGAUUAACUAGAACUCAACAUUCACCGAUACCAAGUUUCUCGUUGUCUCUAACGAUGAACGGUCUGAGUGCUGUUUUCUGGCUGGUCGCUGUGACCCUCUUCCAGCCCUUGCUUACACAAGCCAAGAGGUUGCACUUUGGACGAUGUUCACUGGCCGCUAACACAGCUGAAAUCCAGCAGGCAUUCUCAGCUAUCAGACAGCCAAUUCAAAUGGAAGAUACAGCUGAUGAUGUGAGGCUUCUAGCCAAAUCUGCCUUACAAGGGAUUCAGGCAGAGGAGAGCUGCUGUUUUCUGCGCCACUUGUUGAGAUUCUAUGUGGAGACUGUCUUCAAACAUCACACUCCAUCCAGCUCCCUCAUCGAGAGGAGGACCAACACUUUGGCCAACUCCUUCCUCAGUAUCAAGCGAGAUCUUCGGCAAUGUCAUGCAGAGAUGAAGUGUCACUGUGGAGAAGAAUCCCGAGCUAUGAUGAAGAAAAUACAAAAUACUUUUGAAAAUUUGACUCUCAGGGCAGCUGCUGUUAAAGCUAUUGGUGAAAUCGACAUUCUCAUAGAAUGGAUGGAACAAGAUCACCACAACUAAGCAUUACAUCACAGCAUACAGGGCCGAAAAAACUGAAUACCAAGAAACAGCUUAAUAAUGAACAUCUCAGAACAGAAUUCAUAUGUUUAAUUGUCAAAUAAUGCUUGUUUAAGUCCUUAAACAACUAAUGGUUUAAUUUUUUUGUGUUCCUUUAUGUUGAGUUUUGGUAAGUUACCAAUGGUAUGUUAGAUGGUAUGUUAGUCCUCACUUUCUCCUCAAUGGUAUGUUAGAUACUUCCACUCUAAAUAAUGAAUACAAUGAGAAACAUGUGUAUUUUCAGCUAUCAGAGAAAUUUGUAGUUGUGGAAAUGUUAAUAUUGCAUAUUUGUCACAUGGGUAGACAUCUAUUUCUGUUCCCAUUUAUAAAGACACUUUUCAGUCAUAUUGCUAAACUAGGUUUAAGAUGUUGUAUUUCAUGUCUGUACAUGAAAAAAAGCUUGUAAGUACAUAUUGUACUAUUAUUGUUAGCAAUGAUAUUGAGGGCAAUAGAUCACAGUAUAAACAUAUUGUUUUUGAAUCUUCCUGUAUUAGUACUAAUUAAAAUAACAUGCUAUGAAUUCUACAACUUUGCUGUUUUAUGCAUAUAAUUUAUAGAAGGUAAAGACCAUCGCGCAUUAAUUUGUGUAGGUCCAACUGCAGGCAUAAUACAUUAUCAAACAGCAUGUAACAAAAUUAUAGAUUUUAGCAGUAACGGGUGAUAUGGCGGGAGGAGUGGCGUGGUUGUGGCUGAGGGUCUAUGUAAUAUAAUAAAUUAAUGACUUGGUACAGUUAAAAGUCAUUAUGAUACAGUCAUUAUGGUACAACAUAGAAUUUAUAAGUCUAAAUAUAAUAGAACAGUACUGAGAUAAUCGACACCAGUAAGAAAAAUAAGAUUUCACAAUCCCAAGAGGAGAUAACAUCUAUGGCCUCACAACUAACAAUUUGCGGUAGAUUCAGAGAAAGAGGUGCUAGCAUAUCCUUUGAAGAAUGUAGACCAAAUAGAAAUAAAGUAUAAAUGUCAAAUGCAAUGUACCCUUGAUACUUCUGAUCAAGUCUUGACCUGAAUUGGUGAUGCUCCUGCCCCCAGUUGUUAGAAUAAUAAGAAUC